AUGGAGCUAGCAGUUUCAACUGCAGCGCCAUCCAUGGAGGGUCCACAGCAGCAGCGCAAUGCCCAGCCAUCAGUUACAACCAGACCCGCCGCCUCUGUCGACCAUGGCCUCCUAGGACAGUUUAAGCUGUCACAUCGCUGUCCUGGGGCAGCAGGCUACACCCAUAGCUCUGGACAUUCACUGCGGCCGCGGGCUGGCGUCGCCUUUGGGAAAUUGAGCUGCGGUCGGCUCGAGGCGGUGCGGCGAGAGAGCAGCUUGGCUACCGCCGCCGCCGCCGCCGCCGCCGCCGCUGCUGUUCGCAGGCUGUCGACGUUCGGUCUGGCUGUGCGGUCUGGCAGCGAAACCACCAAGAGGGGUGGAGCACUGCACCCUGCUGCGGACAGGGCUUCUCACGUCCACUACGACUUCUUCGGACUCGACUACGACAUCGGCCUCAUCAAGGUGGAUUCGGCUUUCAAGCUCGGACGGCUGGCGCGCCCCCUUCCUCUGGCCAGGACGGAGCCCCGAACUGGAGCCGUCGCUGUGCAGACUGGUUGGGGAUCCGCCGCUGGACAACCGCGCCUCCUGUCUGACGGACUGCUGGUUGACUCUCUGCAGGUAGCCAACAGCGUCGACCCCGGCGGCCCCCUGGUGGCGAACGGGCGACUCAUCGGCGUCGUGUCGUGGGCCACCGGCUGCGUGUCCGCCGGACAGCCCGGCGUCUACGCCGACGUUUCGGAGAUGGCCGACUGGGUGCUCGAGUACGUCCGCAACUACGACUCGGCCUGA